AUGGAAGAAGAUCGGGGCUCGAUUCUGACUUCCAACGUGCUUGCGUUUGGCAUCGCCACUUUCUGUUUUGUCACCCUCCGAAUCAGCUUUCGUCUCUACACUAGGAAAACAUCCACUUCAGACUGGGUUCUUGCAGUCGCACUAGUUUCAUCGCUCGCCCAGGAUGCUUUCAAUGCAGCCUGCGUCACGCAAUGGGGCUAUGGCCAUCACAACCGAGAUCUCUCGGUGCGCAUUCGCUCUUCGCCAGAGCCACUGAAAGUGAGCCGCUCGUUACGUGCAAAGCUUGUGCAAAGCUCUGAAUUACUUCCAGCUUCUUUGGCUGAACCAGGUGUUCUUCAAAUUGACCACAAUGUCGACGAAACUCUCCAUCUGCCUCAUUUAUUUCCACAUUUUCAAGAAGGCCAACUCCCGCCUGAUCCGAGCCACGCGCAUGGUGACAUAUGGCACGACUCUCCUCAUCGUCGGUUAUUACGUACCGGCUUUCUUCGUCAGCAUCUUCCAGUGCACUCCCGUAUCCAAAUCAUGGCAUCCCAAGCAGCCGGGAACCUGUAUCGACCUCGACAACUUCCGUUUCUACACCGCGGCCGCCAACAUCGUCACCAGCGUCCUGGUGAUCGCGACCCCUCUGCCCGCGCUCGGCAAGAUGCGGCGCACCCGGCCCGAAGUCACGGAACUCAUGGGACUGAUCCUUCUGGGCAUGGUGUAAGUGGCGGUGUGCCCCCGAGACAACCGACCGGACAGCCCGCUGAUCCCACCGCAGUCACACGGGUUGCACGAUCGCCAGGCUGGUCCUCAUGGUAUACCCGGAUCCCGCGACCGGGACCGACCCGCAGUGCAAGGGCCAAUGUCAACCCGUUGACCAUCGCCAUCGUCGAGAUGGACGUCGGCAUCAUCGCCGCGUGUCUCAUCGUCAUGCGUCCCUGCUUCGAGGCCAUCCACAACGCCGUCCGGACGUCCUGUCGCUUCCCCGGCCUGUCCUCCGCGAGGAGCGAUUCCGACACGAUAUCCUCCCGGGUCGCGAGCGCACCGCGGGAUAAAGGCAUCGUCCGGACCGUCGAUUUGGAGCUGGAAAGUCAUCCCGGCUCGACCCGUGUGGUCACGCCUAAAGACCUGCUGUGA